CGCGGAUCCAAAAAAUUCCCCACCAACCCUUUUCUCUGAUAUUUCUUCAGGUACCACUGACAACAAUCAUGGCAGACGAAGAAGGUUUCGCAGGCGAUCUCUUUGGGUCCGAUGAAGAAUACCAAGCACCUGAACCAACUACCGAAGUAUACACUCGACAGAAUGAGCACAGCCAGUUACAGACAAUAAGUAUUCGACUGGUGGGAUCACAUCCGCUGUGGGCACAUCACUUGUGGAACGCAUCCAAAGUCUUUGCCUCGUUUUUCGAUACCCAUCCAGAGAUGUGUCGCGACAAGUAUGUUCUUGAAUUAGGCGCUGGUGGCGCAUUGCCCAGUUUGAUUGCAGCCGCCAAUGGCGCAGCCAAGGUCGUAGUCACCGAUUAUCCGGAUAAAGAAUUGAUCGAUACUAUCCAAUACAAUGUCGAUGCAAACAAGCUUGCUGAUAACGUCUCCGUACAAGGCUAUGUAUGGGGCACAUCUACAACGGGUCUUCGCGACACGAUCCCACAAGCUACGUACGACGUAAUCAUUUUGAGCGAUCUUGUAUUCAACCACUCACAACACCAUGCCAUGUUACGGACGUGUCGCGAAUUGUUAACGCCCAAAACCGGCAGAGUUUAUGUCUUUUAUACGCACCAUCGACCUCAUCUUGCACAUCGCGACCUGGAGUUCUUCAAGAUUGCACAACGGCCUUAUGAUCCAAGCGUAGAUCCGGAUGAUCGAGAAGCUGUAGGAUACGGGUUUGAAGUGGACCAUUUCUUACAAGAGAAAAUGCAUGUCAUGUUUGAAGAGGAUCCAGGGGAUGUACAGGUUCGCUCAACAGUCCAUGGAUGGCGAUUGUGGCUCCCAUAGUAAAUAUAGUAAUGAUAUACUAUAUAGAAAGAACCAUUCGUUGAUUGCAGUGUGUUAUAUAUUAUAUUACAUAUUAUGAAAAAAACCAAAGGGGGAGAAAAGAGAAAAAGAGAGAGAGAGAGAGAGAGAGAGAAGGAGGUGUGCGUUGUAUAUGAGGAUGAGCGAAAGAGGGGAGAGAGAAGAGGGAGGAA